GUUUAUCAGCACAUGUCCUCCAGAUCAUGUUUUCAGCUUACAAAUAUAGCCUGUUAGCGCACAGGCAGAGGCUCCGGCAGUUGGAGCGCUUCCGGCUCCAGCGUGUGGCAGCGGCGGGCAGGGGCUCUGGCUGCAGGGCAGUCACGGGUAGAUAAUACAUUUUUGGAACUUUACUAGGGUGCCAGGUACUGUCGUAAGCACUUGACACAGUUUUCACGCGUGAUCCUCUCACCAAUCCUGUGAGCUCCGUGCUGCUGUUCUUGGUGCCGGGAUGAGAACCCCGAGGUUCCGGAGAGGUUAGAUACACCUGGAAGAAGGCUGUGGAAGGUCUGGAGCUGGUCUGCCUCAGGGAAAGAGGGGUCCUGGGGACUCUGAGGGGAGCCAGGCCCCUCUCCCCACGCUGCUUCAGGUAAUUUCACGCCCCCAAAAUGGGACAUAAAGUGGUCGUAUUUGACAUUUCUGUCGUCAGAGCUUUGUGGGAAACGCGUGUCAAGAAGCACAAAGCUUGGCAGAAGAAGGAGGCAGAAAGGAUCGAGAAAAGCUCGCUGGAAAGGAUAAAGGAGGAAUGGAACUUCGUGGCGGAGUGCAGGAGGAAAGGCAUCCCUCAGGCUCAGUACUGCAAGAAUGGCUUCAUAGACACCAGUGUGAGGAUUCUGGAGAAGAUGGAAAGGAGCUCUCUCAUAAGGCAGAGCUCACCUUCCAAGGAGAGAGACAAAAAGAGCAGCGCGUUUGUGUUCGAAAUUUCGGGGGAGCACUGGAAGGCGCUCCCGGAUUCGUUGAAGGAGCAGACGCACCUGAAAGAAUGGCAUGUCAGCAAUACCCUGAUUCAAAUCAUUCCUACGUAUAUUGAGCUGUUCCAAGCGAUGCGAGUUCUGGAUCUGCCAAAAAACCAAAUCUCCCAUCUUCCAGCUGAAAUUGGCCGUUUGACGAACCUGAAAGAACUCAAUGUGCGUUUCAACCAUCUGAAAAGCAUUCCUCCAGAACUGGGAGACUGUGAAAAUCUAGAGAAACUGGAUUGUUCUGGAAAUCUAGAGUUAACUGAGCUCCCCUUUGAAUUAAGUAAUUUGAAGCAAGUUACAUUCGUAGAUAUCUCAGCCAACAAGUUUUCCAGUGUCCCAAUCUGCGUCCUGAGGAUGUCUAAUUUGCAGUGGUUGGAUAUCAGCAACAAUAGCCUGAAUGACCUGCCACAAGAUAUAGACAGGCUGGAAGAACUGCAGACCUUUCUCUUGUAUAAGAACAAGCUGACCUAUCUUCCUUAUGAGUUGCUUAAUCUCAAGAAGCUCACCUUGUUGGUGGUUAGCGGCGACCAUUUGGUGGAGCUCCCGACUGCUCUUUGUGACUCAUCUACCCCGUUAAAAUUUGUAAGUCUUAUGGACAAUCCUAUUGAUAAUACCCAGUGUCAAGAUGGUGACGAAAUGAUCGAAAGUGAACAAGAUCGUCAACACUUUGAUAAAGAAUUUAUGAAAGCGUAUAUUGAAGAUCUUAAAGAAAGAGAAUCUGUUCCCAGCUAUACCACCAAAGUCUCUUUUAGCCUUCAGCUUUGACACCAUCCAUCAGAAGACUGCAGAAUCUCCCUGUCAUGUGGAGCUGUCGAUCUCCAUUCAUUUGUAGGGUCAUGUGAUCUAGGCAUAUGGCUUGUGCUUAAGGAUGAAGUCUAGAAACUGUGGUCCUAAUUGUUAGGAAAAAUGAUUUUCAAAUUUCAAAUAUAGAAACACCUCUCUCUGUGGACUGG